UAAUCUAGGGUGAGGAUCGACGACUCAUAAAAAACAUUUCUUGCGAAAAAGUAUAGUUUCAAGAAAUAAUUUAAAAGGACUCGCAAAAUGCAUCCCGCGAAUAAAUCAGGUGAAACGUUCGAUAAAGAUCAAAUCUCGCCGAAACAUCAGAUGGUUGACGUUCCAAUCCAUUCAUCAACUUGCACUGUGUUGAUAGAUUCUAGAAAUAUAGGCGAAACACGAGACAGAUGUAAGCCAAGCAAACGCUAUUGUACAAAGAAAUGUAUUGCUUCUGUAAUAUCAGUCGUCCUGAUAAUCUUAAUCGUGUUGAAGUUCUCAAUUAGUUUUGUUAGAAUAGUCGUGAGUGAUAAAGUUCACACUCUGCCGGAAAUAACAUUUACACAACGGGUGCUGAUUUGGAACUUUGACGAAGAUUCGACGGAAAAAGUGAUCGAUGGAAAUUCACUUCUCAAGGAUGAGGCGCUCAUAAACGAGAUAAUGCCAAUUACGGAACGCGACUACUUUGCGACGACGAACAUACGUUUUAAACGAGAGAUAUCGCGCUCGAGGAGGGACUGCGAGAUGAACAAGGAACGAUGCAAGAAGCUGGUGCAGACGAUGGAAGGCUAUCUCGCGACUCUCAGGAGUAACGCGCUGAGCGACGGAAAUAAUGUAUCCAUGUCGGACAUUUUGAAUUGUCUGCGGUGCAAAAAUUCGCAAUCGGCCGUCGCGAAAAAGCUCGAUGAGGAUUCUACGCCGCGAACGCGAGAUGAAUAUUUAUCUAAUGAUUACGUCGAGCAAAAUCGCCCCAACGAUUUCGGCAUUUCCGCCAUCGAAUUGCUGGACGAUGCUAAACCGGCGGAAAUUAAUCGGACGGAAGCGGCGAAAGGUCAAGUGACGGAUUCGCUUAUAAACGAUGUAUCGCAGAAUUCUGUAGAUCGAUCGUUGGAGGAUGAUAUAUCGCCAACCACCGCUUUAUCAACCAAUCGCACGAAUUAUAGCAGCCAACAGGUAGAUAAUCCAACCACAGUCGAUUUGCGCACGAUGGGAAUCGAUGAGAACAGUUUUGCCACUGUAUCAAGUACUGAUCAACAAAUUGAAAGCGAAGGUACCACGAGCAAAAUGGUAACGCUGCAGUUUAAUACCACAGAAUCCAGUAGCACGACGCAAUAUACUGUAACGAAAGACGAUGCAAUAUCCAAUGGUGAAAUAGAUCAUUCAACCGAGACGAAUACGCAGUAUAUCAUCAAUCUAACAACACAGAUCGCGAUUGCUGAAAACGUGACGAGUAUGCCAGCAGGACACGACGUGACCGGAAUCGACAACCCCGAUGACAGCACAGUGAAUCCUUCAGAGCAACCUUCAUUUGAAGGAUACCCGGAAAAUCAAUCGGCUACUACGGUAAUAAACGUUUCAGAAUCAUCGGGAGAUCAUAGUUUUCUUAAUGAACUCACAUCGAACGAUCGUUCUCAGAUGGAGAACAGCGACGAAUCUAUCGAGGCAACUACGGAGAGCAUGAAACCCUUCCAAAAGCAAUUGCAGAUGUUACACACAAUGCUACAUCCGGUCUGCAUCUUUGAUCCUUCCGUCGCUCAAAAUCGUGAACUACAGACGAAUAAGAUGCAAUUUACACCGGGAUUUGGUUAUGCCGGAAAUCAGGCGCAGAUUCAACCGGCGGGAGAAAAUACUGAUCUUACGAGAUCCGUUCCAUCAAACGUAUCGCCGAUCAAUCAGCAGCCGAUGACAAGAAAGCCGUAUUUCUGCGGCUACAUGUCAUUGCCGACUCUUCACUAUCCGUCGAUUCCUGACACGUUGCAAUCCGAUCACUUCUCUGCUAACAAAAUGAAAGAUUCUUCGCGGGAAAGGAUUUUUCCAAAAGCUGGGAUUGCCGCAUGGGAUUAUUCAACGUACAAAUGUCCCAAACAUUAUUAUCAGUGCGAUAAUCUAUUUUGCAUUCCGAAGACGAAUAGAUGUGAUGGCUAUGCUAAUUGCUUUGAUGUCAGUGACGAGACGAAUUGCUCUUGCAGGGAUCGAGUAUUACGAAAUCAAAUUUGUGAUGGUUAUUUUGAUUGUCCACAUGGAGAGGACGAGCUCGGCUGUUUCGAUUGUCCAGCAGACUCUUUCAGUUGCAAUUAUAACUCGAAUAAACCACUACGACAUAAUUGUGUGCCACUUUCGCAGCGUUGUGAUGGUAUUAAACAAUGUUCCAACGGAAAGGACGAGUUAGACUGCACUAUACUUUCGGAAUCAUAUAUAAGUCCAAAAGAUAUAUCUACAGUUGGUUACACCCAAGGAUAUUUACAUAAAAACAUACAAGGACAAUGGUAUCCCGUUUGUUCGGCCACAGCUUCUUGGGCAAUUAAUGCUUGCGUAUCGGAAAUGGACCAGUCGUUAACAGCGAUGCCGGAUAUACGAAUCGUACGUGUGCCUAAAAAUACCUUCCAAGAUCCUUACGUGAAAGAAAUCAACGGACAGAUCAAAUUGACGUCGUGUUCGGGUGUAGCAAUAUACGUCAAGUGUCCACCGUUACCGUGUGGCAUAAAAAAUCAUUACGAUUCCUUCCGUUCUGCCGAUAUCAUAAGGAACGAUUUUGUAUCGAAAGAACAGCCGAAGGAGCAACACAUCUCGCAUAAAUUUGGCAUAAGUAAACUUUAUCAGCAAACACUAGGGCUAUUGAACGCGAAUCGCUCGGCGCUCGAAAAGGAGCAAGAUGAAAACAACACCCUCGUCGGAGCGCAAUUGCGAGUAGUAGGUGGUCGAGCGAGUCAGCCGAGAGCUUGGCCCUUCUUGGUUGCCAUUUAUAAGGACGGUCUUUUUCACUGCGGCGGCGUUAUUCUCAGCGAAAUCUACGUACUCACCGCGAGUCAUUGCAUGGAAGGAUAUGAAAAGCACUAUUAUGAAGUACAAGCUGGCCUACUCAGGCGGUUUUCAUUUUCACCGACAGCUCAGUCGAGAAAAGCGAAACUCGUUAUUCUUCAUCCUGACUAUGAAAGUGAAAAUAUGCAGAACGACGUAUCGAUUGUCAUGCUAGAUAAACCGUUCCUCUUCAAUCGAUGGGUCCGCCAGGUUUGCUUACCGUCACCAAACGUCAUGGGCCCUGAAUGGAAAAUGGGCCCAUCUCCGCAAUCUAUGUGCAUUGCCAUUGGAUGGGGAGCCUUAAAAGAAGAUGGACCAAAUUCGGAUUAUUUGCGAGAAGUCGAAGUACCGAUUUUGCCAAAGUGCAAUCAUCUGUCCGAUCAGAACGACGCCACGAUCUGCGCAGGAUAUCCUGAAGGUGGCCAGGACACUUGUCAAGGUGACAGUGGCGGUCCUUUGAUGUGCAGAAAUCGAAAUUUUGAUUCACAAUGGUACGUGGCGGGCUUAGUAAGUCACGGUGAUGGAUGCGCACGUCCGAACGAGCCCGGUGUUUAUAUGAAAAUAAGUUAUUUCGUGGACUGGAUUCAACAAGUGACGUUAAGUAAUAAUACGGAGUCCUUUUACAAAAAUAAUAAUAAAAGACCAUUACCCAAGUGUCCAACAUUCAGCUGCGACGAUGGAAAAUGUUUACCGAUAGAAGAACGUUGCGAUCAAGCUAUCGAUUGCUUGAACGGAGAAGAUGAGCUCGGAUGUUAUCCGUUUGAAGUAUUGCCGCCCACUUUGAAUAUGAAUGAUAGAAAGUACAAGCAAUCGGAUUUCGAAGUUGGGAAAUCGCAAGAUGAGAUAUCCGACGAUGAUAUGAAAAAUCAAAUUAGUAUCACAGAAAUGAGCACGGAAGCAGUCUCCAUUGUUACUUCUCACCGCUUCUUCUACGAAACGCAGAAUAUUGACGAAGAAUUUAAUACUGCAGAUGUCUAUGCAGUUACACCGGAAACAACAAGCGCUAGAUUAACGUUCACAUGCAAAAGUUUGAUUCAAACUAUAACGAUUAAUAAGAGAUGCGACAAGCACGUGGAUUGCGAGGAUGCCACCGAUGAAAAGGACUGCACGUGCCGAGAUUACCUGUCGAAUAAGCAGCCGAUGGCGAUUUGCGACGGACAUCUCGAUUGUGACGAUGAAACGGACGAGAAAGAUUGCGAUAUAUGCAAAACCGAUGAAUUUUACUGCAGCAAAAGCGAUGGGUGCAUCCCGAUGAUGAAGAGAUGCGACGGCGAAUUUGAUUGCCCUCUCAACGAGGAUGAACUCGAUUGUCUUGUAUUGACUGAUGGGGAAUACGUCAAUGUACACAGCGAUGAUCACCCAGUUUUGAAGAUGGAGGGUUUGCUCAGUAGACAUGACAAUGGAGAAUGGCGGGUACAGUGUCUUGAAGAAGAAAUUUUGAAUAAUAACACCAUAACGUCGACAAUUGGACGUAACUUGUGCGAAUAUCUUGGAUUUGCGAAUCUGCAGGCAAUGGAUAAAGUCGUCGCGAACAACACGUUGCUGAAGAAGAGAUUCUGGCGAAGGUAUAACUUGACAAGUUACGAACCUUCACCGGAGUACGUCGCGUCGAGCGAAGAAGACGAGCUCUGUACGACAUUACGGAUUCGUUGCAGACCGGUUUUGAGCAGCAGUGUCGACACACACCUGAUCGUCAAUCCGAAAAGCGGAAGUCACUACUUGUGGCCGUGGCUGGCUGCUAUCUUCGUCGACGGCCAUUAUCGUUGCUCGGCCUUACUUUUGGAACCAGACUGGCUUCUGUCCAGCUCGAGCUGCACGAAAGACAUCAAAUUAUCGGAGAAUUAUACGACGGCACUGCUCGGACAAAGUCGUUCGUAUCUCUACGUCGACGGACCUUAUCAACAAAUCUCGAUCGUUGACGAAAUCAGGAACGUGAAAACGUCGGAAGCCUCAUUGCUCCAUUUGAAAACUGCAGUGAAUUUUACUCGUUACACGCAGCCACUAUUUCUAGAAAAGAAAAUCUAUCCGCCAGCGAAGAACGAUUUUUGCGUUGCUCUUGGUACAGACAAGGAGCACGUGACAAGAUCAAUCUUUCUACGACCGGUCCUUGAAAAUUGCGACAAUUGUUAUCGCUGUUUUGUUGAACUUUCAGGUUUCGAAUGUCCGGUUAAUGAAACUUUAUCAGAUUGGAGUGGAACAGUAUUUUGUCGCAGCGAAAAAGGAUGGUAUCCCGCGGCAGUAUUUCACGAAAACAACUUUUGCAGUUUUCGAAACACGCGAAAUUUGACGAGCAUCGAUUACAUCCACGCUUUCCUUAUACAUGCUUUGGAAUCGGAGCCGAAACCAACACCUGAACCGACGUGCGACGGUGUUCGAUGCAAUAUAGGACAAUGUGUCCCUUGGAAUCAAGUAUGUGACAAUAUCAUGGAUUGCCGAGAUGGCGCGGACGAGAAUGACGAUAUGUGCAUGUACAAACUGCAACAGAACAGCGAUAAUAAUAAAUUUAAAGAAUGCGCAAAGUCGGAGUUGCAGUGCAAGAAUGGCGAGUGCAUUUCGAAGGGUGCAUUUUGUGACGCUAAAGUGGACUGCUCAGACGGAACGGACGAACAUAAAUGCACCUGUGCGGAUUAUUUGAGCCUAACAAUACCGAAACGGCUGUGCGAUGGUGUGCGACAUUGUCUCGAUAAAACCGAUGAGUCGCCGGAAAUGUGUCAAUGCACACAAACCAGCUUCAAGUGCAACGCAAAUAUCAACAACGUUACUUGCAUCCCGCAAGAUUUCGUGUGCGAUGGUGACGAAGAUUGCCCAGAUGGCGAAGACGAAGAAGAAUGCAUAAAGAUCGAAGAAUCGACAGACAACAGACCUGGCACAGGAGAAGUGAAACAACGAUCCUAUGGAGUAUGGCAUUCUAAAUGUUUUUCGUCGCCAGUAACAUCGCAGGAAGAAGCGAAGUUUGAAUGUCAAGAGCUUGGUUACGCAGACGGAAGAAUCGAUUCUGGAAAUCAAACUUUGAGCGAGCCUGUUAUUCCGUCUCUUGAUGAUUUUUAUAUGAUACGAUUAAAUCCGGGUAUGUGGAUAACAAUGCGCGACGAUAAACCGCUUAUAACUUUAAUUAAACCGGAAGAAUCCUGCUACCGUCUCUUCGUUACUUGUAAUUGAUAAAAGACAAAAAUGUAAGGAAAUCUCAUCAGAAUAUUUCCAUCUCUAUUUAUAGUUUGAUAACUGAAGGGGUAUAUAUAGGGGGCAUUUUUUCAUCUUAAAAUUAAUAUAGGAAACAUCAAACGUAAUCCAGUUUUACAUAUCGUUAAUUUAUUUAGUUGUAAAAUAAGAUUACAAAGUAAAUAAGUCAGUUAGAAAUAAAUUUUUUAAUUAAAUAAAAUUAUGUUUAUGUUUGUACGUUUAUCUAAACAAUGUGAUAUAUUUUCCAUAAAUUUAUGACUAUCUUAUAAUUACUCUGAUUUCUACCAAUAUAAUAAAAAAAAAAUUACUUACGGGAAACUGUAUAAUUUUCCUAAACUAGGAAAUAAAAUAGGGAAUAGUCUUAAAAUACACACACAUAGAUAUACAAAAUACAAAUUAACGAUAAGUCUGUAU